AUGGCGGCGGUGGCGGCUCCGCGGGCCCCUCCGGCCGCGCCGCUGCUCGAGGCGCUCUCGGCGCUCUCGGCGCUGCCCCCGCACCGCCGCGCGAUCCCGGGGAUCGUCCGGGGCCUCCGCGACAGCGCCGGGACUCAGGCCGCUCUCGGGGGUCUCCUCGGCGUCACCAGCGCCCGCCUGAGCUCCAUGAAGACGCGGUUCGAGGGGCUGUGCCUGCUGUCCCUGCUGGUGAGCGAGAGCCCGACCGAGGCCUUCCAGCAGCACUGCCUGGGCUGGCUCCGCCUCCUGCAGCACCUGCUCCAGUCCCAGGACCCCCCUCCCACGGUGUCUUUGGGGGUCUCGGUGCUGCGGGAGCUGCUGCGAUUCUCGGCUCAGCUGCCGGAGCUGGCUCGGGACAUCGGCACCAACCACAUCCCGGGGAUCCUCACCUCCCUGCUGGCCCUCAGGCCCGAGUGCGAAGUCUCCACCCUGGAGGGGAUCAAGUCCUGCCUCUCCUUCUACCCCGGCGCCUGUGGCUCCAUGAGGGGGAAGCUGGCGGCGCAUUUCCUGGCGCGCAUCGACAGCGAGAGCCCGCGGCUGCAGCAGCUGGCCUGCGAGUGCUACGCGCUGCUGCCGGGGCUGGGCCGCGGUUUCUCGCAGGGGCUGCGGCACACGGAGUGCUGGCACCAGCAGCUGCAGGGGGUGCUGGCCACGCUCCACGGGAUCCUGGGGAGCCUCUUCGAGGGCUGUGAGACAGACCCCCUCCCCUACGAGGGUCCUGGGGUGGAGCUGCUGCUGCCCCCGGCCCAGGACGGCGACGCCGGGGGAGUCCUGACCCUGCACUCGCGAUUUUCGGGGCUCUGCCGCGUCCUCAGGCUCCUCCUCAGUAAGGAUUUCGUGGCCCCAGUCACCGUCCCAGUUCAGGACAUUCUGGAUUUCGUUUGCCGCGCCCUCAACAUCACCAGCAAGAACCUGGGCUGGUUUGGGGAGGGGCCCCUGCGGGGGCUGCUCCUGCCCCAGGUGCACCUGGACACCCUCGACGUACUGGGAGCGCUGGUGCUGGCGUGCGGAGCCCGUCUGGUGCGCUGGGGGUCCCUCCUGGGCCGUCUCUUCCCGCAGGUUUUGAGCUCCUGGAGCUGCUCCCGGGAUCCCCCCCCCGGGCAGGAGAGACCCUUCGGGGCGCUGCGGUGAUCUCGUUACCAGGUGCUGGAGCUGUGGGUGCAGGUGGCCGGCGCGGCCUCGGGGAUCCUGCAGGGUCCCGGCAGCGCCGGCGAGGCUCUCCUGGCUCACCUGAUCAGCGACAUCUCCCCCCCCUCCGAGGGGGCCAAGCUGCGGGCGGAGCCCAAACCCAGCGCCCCCAAAAGGCCCAAAUUGGGGGAGGGUCCCGAGGGGCUCCCCCUGCACCGCAAAGGGGAACCCGCGGCCAACAGCGACACCUGCGCCGCCGCCCUGGCAGCCCUGCGCAGGAUUCUCCUCACGGGGGGACCCCUCAUCAAGGAGGAGACGCAUCGGCGCCUCCAGGAGCUGCUGCUCCCCUUGGCCCUUCGCCUCCCCCAGUGCCCCGAGCCCCCUCCCCAGGGUCCCCCCCCUGCCCCGGGACCCCCCCAGCUUUCGGGGGUCCCCUCCCCGGUUUUGGGGUCCCCCUUUGCCAGCGGCCGCUGUCGGGGGGGGCUCUACGGGGUCCUGCAGGCGCUGCUGCUCGGGGCCCCCCCCGGCGCCGCGCCGCCGCUGCCCUGCGCGCUCCGGGCCUUCGGCCAGGGGAUGAGGGACCCCGACGUGCAGGGGGCGCGGCCGCGCCGCCCGGUUUUCGUCCACUACGAGCGCGAGGAGGCGUCGGACGUGGAGAUUUCCCUGGAGAGCGACUCCGACGACUCCGUGGUGAUCGUUCCCAAGAAAGCCGCCCCUCCCCCGCCCCUCCCGGUUCCGGCGGCGCCGCUUCCGCUUCCGCUUCCGGAGGAGGCAGGCGAGGAACGCGACGAGGCCAGCACGAUGAUCGCCGAUUUCAUCGAUUGCCCCCCGGACGACGAGAAGAUCCCCGAGACCCCCCUGUAA